AUGGCUGGUCCCCGUGUCAUCACCUACUCUGUCCGCGUCUUGGGCGCCAACCCCGAGAACAUCCAGCGCUGGGCUGGUAGCGCCGCCCGCUUCGGUGUUGCUGCCGGUGCCGGUGUCCUCUUCAUUGCCGAGUGCCUCCCCCCAGCCAAGACCGAUCUCUUCUGCAAGCUCCCCGUCAUUGGCAACUACUGGAAGUCUUAUGAGGCCAAGGAUGAGGAAUAA